CGACAGAUGGGAAGACACGUUCUGUUAGUUGGACACUGCAUCAAAGAAACAUUGACUGUGACCAGUUUGUUCCAUUCUAGCAAUUGCAACGUGUAAGAAUCUCCACAAUUUGAAUAUUAGAUUAUCAAAAGUGUUUCAAUUGAUAACUGGAAUGUAUAAAAACCUGAAGACUGGACAGGCUAUUUGGAUUGUUCUGUGGAUCCUGGAGUCGACUUCUUGUGAAUUUACUGUCACCAUUCCCAAAUCUCUGCAAGUAGCAGAGUUAGGCCAGGAUGUAGUGAUGGCGUGCAGCUUCACUGUGAAUGGUGAUCUUGACAUAAAGAACAUAAUCAUUACAUGGCAAAGAGGAGAAGAGGUGGUUCACAGUUUUUACUAUGGACAAGAUCAACUAGACACUCAGAGCCACGCAUAUACAAGUAGAACAAGCCUUUAUGUUUCAAAUAUCAUCAAGGGCAAUGCGUCUCUGAUGCUGAAGAGUGUGAGUGCUGCAGACAGAGGUGACUAUGCAUGCUGUGUUAGCACAUCGAUAGGAAGCCAAAAAAAAACUUUCCUCUUGGUGAUUGCAGCGUUGUAUGCAGAACCAGUCAUGCAAAUAAAAGUCUUACCUGAGACAGUGUCAUUUUCCUUCUCCUCUGAGGGCUAUCCCAACUCCACUAUUCAAUGGCUGAGUGGAGAUGGGCUGGAUAUGACCAACCUGACAGACACAUCCUACACACAGAAGGACAAUGGAUUACUUUCAGUGAAAAGUACUCUGAUGACCAAAAGAAACCUGAAUACCUCUUUCACUUUUAUACUUCAAAACUGUGUUCUAGAACAGAAAAUUAUCAGAACAUUUUCUUUCAUUUCAGACAAUGCAUCAUCCAAGGACUAUGAUGGAUCUUCCAAAAACAAACUUGUACUUCUUGUUCCCAUCUGCUUUUUCAUGUCUGUGGCAGCCUUGGCUUAUUUUUCAAUGAGAAUAUACAUAGGUAAAUCUACAAAGUGUUCUAAUAUGAAUCAUUUAUUACCCUGAAACUCAGUCUCACUGGAAUAUAUAGCACAUAAUUGUGGAGUGUGCUUUACUCAGCUAGGGUUGUCAGAUCUGCUUGACACCCAAUUUGGUAACUUUUGAAAUCUUGUAUAUGAGAUCAAAACUUGCAGCUGUUAAAACUUCAGUAAAGGCUACUUUAAGCCUUCAAAUGGAUGUAUCAUUUAAGACUGUUUAUCUUCAGAAUGUGGAAAUAAUAUAUGCAAAAUGUAAAUACAUAAAUACACCUAAGACUAUAUGCUAUGGCCCGUGAAACCUUAUGAAAGCUUUUUUGCACUGAAAAAAGACAAGGAAUGAGCAUGAUUUAGGCUCAAGUAACACUGCCGCCUGAAAGCCAAUUAUUUCUUGAUGAAUCUUUGUCCGGAUUAUACGUGAGCAUGUCUGGCAAACGUUUUUCUUUCCUAAGACUGUCCCUGAGCAUUGUUGACUUUCUCUAUGACAAAAUGGUGUUAUGACCACUGUUUACAACCAAUGUAUAUGUAUAUUCUCUGCACUUCUCUUCAUGGCUGUUUCUUUAUAUGUCAUAUUUUAAACAUUUAAUAAGAAAUUUAUUUAAAAUGUACAGUAUGUAUAAUGUAUACCUGGCAGUAUGAAGUGUUUUUAAACAUGACAAAUCUCAUAAGUAUGGGAGACAGGAACUCCAAUAUGUAAUUAGGAAUAAGGGAUAUCAUUACCAGGAUACACAGUUGCUCAAUUUGGUUAUGGUUAUAACUUUGGUCUCAGCAGUAAUUAUGUUGUAGGUUUCUGUAAUUAAAGUUUAUGAGGUGAAAGGUAGAAACCUUUUAAAGUAUUCAAGGCCCUUACAGAACUCUACAAACCAGGGUGACUGUUUGGUCUUUUUGUUCCUAUUGAAAGGCAAAUGUGUAUUUAUUGAUUUGUGUGUGUUGUGUUUAUUCCCCAUAUAACCUUGCCCAUACUUUUAUAAUAAAGGCCCUUUUUUUCUGA